AGGAGCGGUGAUUGAAGGGGAGAGUAGAGCGGCGGCGGCGACGACGGCCAUCUUAGAGCUACCGUGGUAACCGACACUCAUCUUCUGGAUUUUAUUUUUCUUGUUAGAGCAACACUCCACCUGACUGACGAGGGAAGAAGAAGGUUGUCUUUUACUUCGUCGCGGUUGAACUCGAAGUCGGGAUGCGGUUCCGAGGGAAUAAACGAUUUGCAUCCGCUGUCGGACUGGUCCUCGGACUAUUAUGUGCGGUGGAGGCAGCUAAAGUCAAUAAGCACAAACCAUGGAUUGAGACGACGUACCACGGGAUUGUAACGGAAAACGAUGACAAAGUACUUCUGGACCCCCCUCUAAUUGCACUGGACAAGGAUGCUCCUCUACGCUAUGCAGAGAGUUUUGAGGUGACCCUCACUGAAGAAGGUGAGAUUUGCGGCUUCAGGAUCCAUGGGCAGAAUGUCCCCUUCGAGGCAGUGGUCCUGGACAAGUCCACUGGCGAGGGGGUCAUCCGGGCCAAGGACAAGCUGGACUGUGAGUUACAGAAGGAGCACACCUUCACCAUCCAAGCUUAUGACUGUGGCGAGGGUCCUGAUGGAGCCAACAUGAAGAAAUCCCACAAGGCCACUGUCCACAUCCAAGUGAACGACAUCAACGAGUAUUCACCAGUGUUCAAGGAGAAGUCCUACAAAGCCACCGUCAUCGAGGGAAAGAAGUACGACAGCAUCCUGAAGGUUGAGGCCGUGGACGCCGACUGCUCGUUCCAGUUUAGCCAAAUCUGCAACUAUGAGAUCGUCACCCCUGAUGUGCCCUUCACCAUCGACAAAGAUGGCUUCAUCAAGAACACAGAGAAACUGAGCUAUGGCAAAGAACGCAUGUAUAAGCUGACUGUGACCGCCUACGACUGUGGAAAGAACCGUGCCUCUGAGGACGUGCUGGUCAAGAUCAGCGUUAAACCCACCUGCAAACCCAGCUGGCAAGGCUUCAGUAAGAGGAUUGAAUACGAGCCUGGCACAGGUAGCCUGGCCCUUUUCCCCAGCAUGCACUUGGAGACCUGUGAUGAGCCAAUCACCUCCAUCCGAGCCAGUAUUGAAUUGGAGACCAACCAUAUUGGGAAGGGCUGUGAUCGUGAUACUUACUCUGAGAAGUCGCUGCACAAGCUUUGCGGAGCCAGUUCCGGCACUGUGGAGCUCCUUCCUGCACCCAGCAGCUCCGCCAACUGGACGGUCGGGCUGCCCACUGACAACGGACACGACAGUGACCAGGUGUUUGAGUUCAAUGGCACCCAGGCCAUCAAGGUCCCUGACGGCAUGGUGAGCACCAGCCUGAAGGAGCCCUUCACCAUCUCUGUCUGGAUGAGACAUGGCCCUGGGGCCCAUGAGAAGGAGACCAUCCUCUGCAACUCUGACAAAACAGAUAUGAACAGACACCACUACUCGCUCUACGUCCACAACUGCAGACUGAUCCUUCUCCUCCGUCAGGAUCCGUCAGAGGCCGAGAACUACAAACCAGCCGAGUUUCAUUGGAAACUCGACCAGGUGUGCGACAAAGAAUGGCAUCACUAUGUGCUGAAUGUGGAGUUCCCCACCGUGUCUUUGUUUGUGGACGGGACGACCUUUGAGCCCUUCCUGGUUACAGAGGACUACCCACUCCACCCCUCCAAGAUUGAAAGUCAGCUCACUAUUGGUGCUUGCUGGCAAGACAACUCAGGACAUGACAAUGACACUGAGACAGUCUCUGAGCCCACCUCAGACCUCAGGAAUGGUUCCACUAUAACACAAGGAGGAAACGCUCGAAUGGCUCAGUUUUUCCGGGGGAACUUGGCGGGGCUGAUGAUCCGCUCUGGCAAACUGGAGAACAAGAAGGUGAUCGACUGUCUGUACACCUGCAAGGAGGGCCUGGACGUGCAGCUGCCUGAGGAGGUGGCUUCAGCUGUCAAGGUGGAGUUCAACCCGAACCAGUCCUCUCUGACUGUGGAGGGUGACGACAUCGAUGCCUUUGACAAGGUCAUGCAGCACAUCUCCUACUUGAACUCCCGCCAAUUCCCUACUCCCGGCAUCCGGCAUCUUCGCAUCUCCACCACCGUCAAAUGCUUCAAUGAGGAGUCCUGCGUAACGGUGCCAGAUGCUGAGGGUUAUGUGAUGGUGCUGCAGCCUGAAGAACCCAAGAUCAGCCUGAGCGGCAUCGACCACUUUGCCCGCAGCGCUGCCGAAUUUGAGAGCCAGGAAGGCGUGACGCUCUUCCCCGAGCUCCGCAUCGUGAGCACCAUCACCCGCGAAGUGGAGGCUGACGCCGAGUCUGAAGCUGCAGAGGGAGCUGAUGAUGAUCCCACGGUCCAAGAGACAGUGGUGUCAGAGGAGAUCAUGCACAACCUGGACACAUGUGAAGUGACCGUGGUGGGAGACGAGCUGGACGGCGAGCAUGAGAGCCUGGAGGUGGACAUGUCCCAGCUGCAGCAGCGUGGCCUGGAAAUGAGCUCCUCUAACCUGGGCCUCGUCAUCACCGGUGUGAACACCAUGGCCAACUAUGAGCAGGUCCUGCACCUGAUCCGUUACAAGAACUGGCACACCGAGGCUCUCUUUGACAGGAAGUUCAAGUUGGUCUGCUCUGAGCUCAACGGUCGCUACAUCAGCAAUGACUUCAAGGUCGAGGUGAAUGUAAUCCACACAGCCAGUCCUGUGGAGCAUGCUAACAAUGCCAUGGUGCAGCCCAAUUUCAUUAACCCCGUCCAUCAUGCCUCUGUGGACCUGUCCGGUCACAACCUGGUCAACGCUCAUCAGGCCUCAGUGGUUCCCAGCGCUGCCACCAUUGUCAUUGUGGUGUGUGUUAGCUUCCUGGUGUUCAUGAUCAUCCUGGGCGUGUUCCGCAUCCGAGCUGCACACCAGCGGACCAUGAGAGACCAGGAGAACGGCAAGGAGAACGAAAUGGACUGGGACGACUCGGCUCUCACCAUCACCGUCAACCCCAUGGAGACAUACGAGGACCAGCACAGCAGUGAGGAGGAGGAGGAAGAGGAGGAGGAGAGCGAGGAUGGAGAGGAGGAAGAUGACAUCACGAGCGCUGAGUCAGAGAGCAGCGAAGACGAGGAGGGCGGGGAGCCGGAGGACCAGCAGGGGGCCAGCAGACAGCAGCAGCUGGAGUGGGACGACUCCACCCUCACCUACUAAAACAACACACACACACACACACACACACACACACACACACACACACAUCAAAAACACACAUUACACUCAACACAAGCUCUCACACACACACACACACACACACACACACACACACACACCAACCACCAACUCACGCUUACUCAGAUCCUCAUAGUCACUUUUCACACCCCCUCCUCCCACAGGUUCAUGUCUAAGGAGCCAUGAUGUUAAAAAAAAAGAAAAGAAAAAAAAAACUACAAAAAAGAAAAACAAGAAUUCCCUUCAGCAUAUAUAUGGUCAAGGUUUUCCUGUUGUUACCUUAGUGGUGGUACUCAGUGUAGUGUAGUCAUCACCGGAUUGCUGAUUUUUACUGUUUAUUUUUUUAUUUAUUAUAUUUUAAUUCCCAGGAAAACUUGGCCUACAUUUGUUUUGAACUGUGUGAGGAAGCCAACCCUGCACUUUUUGUUUUCUCUCAGACGUAAGAAGUUCAAAUGGAGAAUAAUUUCUUUUUUUCCCUGAUGUAUAUUCUUGCUUAAUGCUUUUAGAUUUGUUUGCCGCUAAACUCACAUAUAGCUUUGACUUGAGUUUUCUUGACUUGUAGUCCAGUGAAACAAAAUGAUGCUUUUAACAAGUAGACCGCAUUUUUUUUUUUCUUUUAGUGCAUGAGGAUAUUUAACAAGUCCUAUGUGUAGAGAAAUAAAUUGCUUUUUAAAGAUUUUGUAAAUAUAAAGAAACCAUGUAAUUAGUCUAUGUGUUAGUGAAGGCCUACUCAAUCUAAAACGACGCAGUACGUAAUGUAGAAUAUUUAUGUCACAGAGGCUGUAGCAUGUUGCAAAAUUUCCGCAAAAAGCUGUUCCAUCAUGCUUGUACAAAAAUGUCUGCUUCACGAUGAGAAACCCAGGACUGUUCAGCGGAGGUUUCCAUGACAAAGUGGUGUCUAUUUUGUCUUUUUUUUUUUUUUUGCAGAGAAAAAUCAUGUCUUUUUCUUUCUCGUAGGCAGGACUGGUUGACAGUUUCAGCUUCAUACAUGCUUUGCUUUGCUUGCACAGGUGGCAAUGCUCUGCUCCAGGCGUCACGUGUAUUUCAUUCCCAGUAGAUCUCACUGUUGUACAGAUGGGAUUUUCUUUUUGUUCAGAGUAAUCAUACUCAGAGAAAUGCUAAUGUACAAAUCGACAUUUCAUUUUGUGUGGAGCGGUACAAACACCAGACCAGCAGGUUCUGUAGUGCUGUUAAUCUUGAAAUAUGACUAGUAACAUUUCUGCCAGUGUAUUUGGACAAGUAGAGAGAUUUCCUCAGCAGCUUUAAAAAAAAAAAAAAAGAAAAAGAAAAAAAAAAAGAGUCUUUCGCCCGUAUCCCAGUCCUGCUGUGCUGACAGAAGUAGGGAAGAAAAAACCUUUCAAACUACUGAAGGAGCAGAUUUAUGACAGAGCUUUAGUGGAGUCUGGUUCAAUAAUGAAGUAGCUGGCAUUGUUUUUGGGGAGAAAAAUUAAAUGAAAGUACUUUUCAGGCUUGCUCUGUUGCAACUUUAUUUUCUAUGGCACGGCUAUUUAACCUGAAAUAAUAAUAAUAAUAAUAAUAAUAAUACAUAUAUUAGAUGCAUUUUUAAAAUGGUUUCUUAUUGCAAAAUAAGCAUUGUCUUUAUUGUAGUUUAUGGGAUUACAAUUGAGGGCAUGACUGCAUAGUUUACAAUAGGAAAAUGCAUUAAAAAUGAACCAUCUUCUUCUUGUUUGAAUCUAAAAUGAGAUAUUUUUUUGCAGUAGACCACUAGAUUUUAUUGUACAUGGAACUGUACUGUAGAGUUGUUCUAAGAUAUUUGUUUACAUUUGGUAAACUUAUUUUCCUUCUGGUAUUAGUAUAAAGCUUAUACACUUGAUUGGGAAAAUGUGUCCAACCUCUAUCUCCUCUCAAACAUUGUUGUAACUAGUGUUUGUCUCAUAUUUUUUGGGUACCAAGCAAAAUGUCUAAAUUUCCCAAACCUGCAUUAAUUAAAUCAGAUCAGAUUUGGGGCAUUGCAGUGAGCAGAAUGUGGCAUUAUCGAGAUUAGAAAUGUUGGCUUUGCAAGUCUUAUAUUUUGCAUGCAAAUAUAUUUUCAGAGGCCAAACUUCAGUUCAGAAACACAUAACAGGCUCUCCUUGGAGACAGUUUCCAGGCUACUAAUGGGGAUUUUUGUCGCACAAUUGUAUUUUACUUUUAAGUCCAAUUAAUUUAUGAUUUUUUAGAGGUCUGUGGUGGAAAUGUAGUGAACAGUCUCCCCUCCAUGAUGACUCGGACUUGUGAAAAGGAGGCCAGGUCUGAGCCGGCUGAGAUGGGAGUGCCUUUUGCCUUUUUCGAUCAUAGCGAAAUUAGCAGGUCUAACAAAAAUCCAUGCUCUUAUAUUUGUGGGUUCUUUUUUUUUAUUUGUAUUUGUUUAAUGCUAGAUUUCUUACAGAGCUGGGGAUUACAUUUUUCUUUCAGUUUGUUGUAACAAUAGUCCACCGCUAGUUUUAUUAAAAGUGACAAACAUUUUCACAUAGAUGUCAUGUGUCCAUGUUGAUGUGUAGAGGAAGUAGAUCCAUAUUGUAUCUUCUAUAGAUAUUGUUCUAAAUCAUAUUGUACUAAAUCAUAUUGACGGAAUCCACCUUUAAAAAGAUGCACAGUACAUAAUGAAAUUGCUUUGGCAGCAUACAUGGGUAUACUGUUAAUUGACCUAUUUGUGUAUAGUGGAAGGUAAUUUUGAACAGUGUCCUAUUGCCUGAAUUGUCGAGAAAUGAUUUUGAGGGCAGCAUGAAAUUCACAAGAGUUUAAGCCUGUCGACUCCGAAAUUCUCAGUUUCAUUAUGUCAAACACUAAAUGUCCACGUUUCAUCUACAGUUCAAAGUACAAUACCAUGGGUCACUGAUAAUGUGCACACCGACUCUGAAGUCAAGUCUCCGCAGUGACUCCACCAUCUCCAGUUUUCUGGGUUAUAUUCUUUCUGGUCAGCCCCUGAGCUAAGUGUCAGUUGUUUGAAUUGAAUGUCACUGCCUAACAAACUGAAAUGCAGCCAUACUGUAAUAACACUAAGAUGUAAGGGGAAUUUACUUUGCAUGAACCACAAGUUUGUGUACGUUCCAUGUGGCGUUGUGAGACUGGAGUGAGAAAGGAGACGUGAUACACUACUGAUUCUCAUACUGUCUGUUUCACACGUCCACAACACUCCAGAUAUAUAUUUUUUUGUUUCUUUUUUCUUUUUAAAAUUUGCUCAAAAUGGAAGGUGACAGUGUUUUUUGAACGUUUGGAUGCGUCCUUUGUGCUUGUUGGAGCUGCUCUCACUUUUCUACCAAUUAAACGGCAAAUUGUAGUGAAGUUGAUGCUUGCUCGCAAACAAAAUAAAGGAUGAUAAGAUGGGGUAUAA